GACGCUACAUCAUCCGGAGGAGCCAGGAAGGAGCGGAGCAGCCAUGAGCAGGAACGACCUGAUCGAGACUUUCCGGGCGCAGCUGAGGGACGAUCCCGACGUCGCCUCGGCCGUAGCCGCCAUCCGCGUGCUGCUGGGAUUCCUCAAGCAGGACCGAGGAGAAACCAUCCAGGGCCUGCGGAGCAGCCUGCUGGCCGCCAUCGAGACGCUGUCCGGGGUGGACUCCUCGGUGGCCGUGCUGUCCGGCGGGGAGCUCUUCCUCCGCUUCAUCAGCCUCACCUCUCUGGAGUACUCGGAUUACUCCAAGUGCAAAGAAAUCAUGAUCGAGCGUGGGGAGAUUUUCCUCAGGAAGGUGUCUCUCUCGAGGAAUAAAAUCGCCAAGCUGUGUCAUCCCUUCAUCAGAGAUGGGGCUAGGAUACUGACACAUGCCUACUCCAGAGUGGUCCUCAGGGUGCUGGAGGCAGCUGUGGAGUCCAAGAAGAGAUUCAGUGUUUAUGUCACUGAGUCCCAGCCAGAUCAGGCAGGACAGAAAAUGGCAAAAGCCUUGAGGAAGCUGAACAUCCCUGUGACUGUCAUUCUGGAUGCUGCAGUUGGCUACAUUAUGGAGAAAGUGGACCUUGUGCUGGUGGGUGCUGAAGGUGUAGUUGAAAGUGGAGGCAUUAUUAACAAGAUUGGCACCAAUCAAAUUGCUGUGUGUGCCAAAGCUCAGAACAAGCCCUUUUAUGUGGUAGCAGAAAGCUUCAAGUUUGUAAGACUCUACCCUCUAAAUCAGCAGGAUGUCCCAGAUAAGUUUAAGUACAAAGCAGACACUCUGAAAACAAAUCAGAACCUCACAGAGGAGCAUCCCUGGAUUGACUACACCUCCCCAUCACUAAUUACCUUGCUGUUUACAGACCUGGGUGUACUGACUCCAUCAGCUGUCAGUGAUGAACUUAUUAAACUCUAUUUGUAACAGAGGACUCAGUGCAGGGGAUGCUUCAUCUUCAGUGUCCAUCCUAAGAGCUUGGGAGAUGAAACAAGUUCAGUGGAGGUGGUGAGGAGAUGACAUUUGUAAGGAUUCAUUUAAUUAUCAGCCUUCUUUUGAGGUUUGGAAGUGAAACUUUACAGAUGGGAGGACCACUACUAAAAGUAAAAAAGAAAGCCAAAAGUUACUACAGCUUCUGAAGAGCUGAAAUAAAUUAAUUUAAAGAUGGUUGGACUUUUUGAUAUUGUAAAAUAAAAUACCUUAUGGUGUAUUCAGACUCAUUCUGAGGGAUUCUGUUACCUACUGCACAUACCUGAAAAACAAUAAAUGCACAAAUGAUGGGAAUCUGCAGCUCAGGCCACACCAUGGAAGAGGAAAGCUUUUGGCUUUGUCUCUAACUGCAGCCUUGGUUUUGUCUUCACAGAUGCCAGGU